AAUAUUAUUGUUGUUAUGAUCAAUCGUGACGCAUUGAAGCGAUUUAGAACCACCGAGAGCACCGCCACCGAAACGGAUUCGCCGAGUCCCGCGGCCGUGACGACGGCGAUGACCGCGACUGGCGCUGCGGUCGGUCAUUUCUACCGUCAGUUCUCGAAGAAGAACAACAGCAAGAAGAACGGCAGCAAGAAGAACAACGGCGGCAACAGCAGCAGCAAAAAUACACAUCGUCCGGACGCGUUGCUGGCCGAGGACGCGGCCGCCCCCGCUUCCACCGCCGAUUUGCUAUCCGCGGCCACCGACGCCAUCACCGCCGCGGCUCCGGCCACCUCCGGACCGCUGCGCCACACCGAACACGUCUCCGACCAGCCGGCCACGGCCGCCGCGAGUAACCCGCGACUCCGGCCGGCGCUCGCGGCCCAGGUCGUCGACGCGCCGCCGUGGCUGGUGGCCGACCACUUCGUCACCGAACACGUCGCUCACGAACACGUGUCCGUGGUGCCGGAACCAGAUCACGCGGACCCGGUGGCGCCGGACGACCACGCCGCGUCGUUGCUGCAGCCGGGCCCCGCGACGACCGUCUGCGGCAAAUGCCCCGCGGCCGCCUCGUCGUGCGCGCACGAAAUUCGACACAAGCCUUUUACUGUUCAACAACUCGUCGACGAGUUUAUCGGACCGUACUAUGUGAAUUACAGCGAAACACGUGCGGUUCUCGUGAGGCAAGCCAAACAAUUGCUGACUAACGUAUACCAAGGUGAUGUCGCCAACUUUCAUGGGUGUUUUUGUGUGCCAGUCAGCGAAAUUUUAAAAAAAGUUGAAGAAACGUUCAGAAAAUAUCAGUGUUGCGACGCUUGGGCAGGGUGGCCGCUCAGCCACGGUCGGCGUGGCGUGCUAACUCAUCUGGUGGCGCCGAUCGGUUGCUGCUCAGGCGGCACACCGCCGUCGGACGCGUACCUGUCGCUGGACGUGGCCAGUGCCGGACUGACGGUGAACUGGGUGGGCGCGGGCGCCCGGCUCCGGAGCCGACUGUCCACCGAUACCGCGGCCAUGCUGGCCGGUGACCUGCAACAGCUGAGCGCCACGCUCAAACACCUGGUGGCCGUGGUCGACAGGUCGGUUCACAGGGUGCCGCUCGACCGGAUACCGUACCCGUGCUACGGAUGCCAAGACCGGACGUGCCAGCCGCCGACAAGACGUUCGCAUCAGACAUUUGCCGCUGACAACGACGACCGCACAAAGGCCGCCGUACAGCAGCAAAACAACGGCGGCAGCGUGUACGACGACGCCGACAACUCUAUACCACACAUCGACUCCGACCCUGAAGACUCGUCGACUCAAGACAGAUCCGACCCGGUGGUCGACAACGACGGCAUAACAGCUAUGAUACACCACCAGAAGCAAUCACAGCAAUCCGUCAGAGUACCAAAGUCCAUUUGUGACCUAUCGGAAGACGUUCUCACGUCGGGAGUACAAUUUCCAGGAGCCGUGGACCGACAGGGUAACGCGGUGAUAUUAUGGGUCGAAGGACAGUCCGGGCAUAGUUCAGAAACCAUGUCAGACGUGAACGCGGCAGAGCUUAUUUUGUACUACGCGUCACUGAGAAACAGAAACGAAAGGAACUCGUCGUUGACCAUCUUGGUACACGAGAACAGCUGCACAAGCAUAGAAUUCGUCGAUUGUGUGCUGGAACUGAUAAAGAAUCAAGUUUCCGUGGACAAAGUGAUUUUUUGCACGAAGCGACACGCAGAAGGAAACCGUCUGAAGUACAGCCAAAUUCGGUGUUACGCCGUCAAUUCGUACAACGGUCUCCUAGAGUUCUUUGAAGACAGUCAGAUCCCGUCGGCUUGUGGUGGCCCGUACACACACAGCCAACUUGAAUGGAUUGAUUUCUAUAAGGAGUCGGAGAGGCUGACUUGUUUGAGUCAGACUGCCGGAAAUCGACUUGUAACGGCCAUUGCGGAGAUGGGAAACGUGCAACAAGAACGCAAUGCAAUAUCAAAAUUCUUGGACGACUCAGAUAUCAAAAAUUUACUUCAAGACGCCAGACAGAGCAUGGAAAUACUCGAACAGCAUGCGCGCUGGUUGAGCGAAGACAGAUUUGUGAUGUCGAGUUUCGAGGACGUGAAGAAGUUCCACAGCGAAGUCGAGGGCGCGGCAGUCCGUCUGGAAGAACUGCUAUUGCAGAAGAAAAAGAAAAUAAUGCAAGCAGCCAGAGUUAACGCUUUGGAGGCCGAAACACACGAGGUCCUCUCGUGGCUGACCAACAAAGGAGAACACGCGUUGGUUCAACAUGGCGAUUUGGCCAACAGUCUGCCGGCGAUCAGGCAACAGGAACAAGACUUCGAGAAAUUUUACUUCGUCUCCAUGCAAAAUCUCGACAAAGCUGGAGAUUUAUUGGAAGAAGCAGGCCAAUGUAGCAAUGGUACCAGUCUAAAAGAUCUGGCCAAAUCUCUGAAGCAGCAUCUGAGAGGUUUUAGUGAUCGACUUGAAGAGACUCGUGAAAGACUCGAAGACACAUCACGCUGUUUUUACUUACUCGAUAAAGCUUACGAUUGGGCUUUGGAAUGUAUGAAGUACAUAUCCGAAAAGCACGACACACGUAACGUUAAAGAAUUGCGGAGAUACUUAAUGGCACAUCCGUCUCCUACUGCUCAACACUUCUCGGAGAUGAUGAUGUUGGCAAACAAGCUCAACAAUGAUAAACUAAUCAAACAGUGCAAGGUGGCCAUGGUAAGAUGCGAAGAGACCAACGACCAACUGAAGCACCUGUUGGGACCGGAAACAUUCCCGACCAGCACUCCCCUGCCACCCAGAAGGACGUCCGCACCAGAGCACCAUGCAACAAAUGGUAACACGACAGCGGACAACCAUCAUUGUGGCUGGGUAGGCGCUACGGAAGAGAACUUUUAUUGCGAGACGGACCGGCUCGCGCUCAGUCAUAUCCCGUCCGCCAAUUGGACUUACAAUGAUGAGGAGGACGAGGAAAAACUGAGCUGCUCACACACGACUGAAGGGAGCGAUGAAAAUAAGAGUAAUGAAGAGAGUGACGACACUAAUUGUGCCGAUCUCGGUUGCAGCAAAAAUCAAAGUCUGCCGCCCUUGUCAGUCAACAGUCAUCUGCACUACAUGUCCAACCUGCAGUUGAACAUGGAUUGCGGCACGCAGACGCUAAAGUUACAAAAGACCGUCAAGCUGAUCAUGAGAGAAAUGAUACAGACCGAACGGGAUUACGUCAAGUCACUGGAAUAUGUCAUAGAGAACUACGUCCCGAUGUUGCUCAACGAAGACAUACCGCAAGCCCUGCGAGGCCAACGUAACGUCAUUUUCGGCAACAUCGAGAAGAUCUACGAGUUUCACAGCCAACACUUCCUCAAGGAGCUGGAGAGACACGAGAACUGCCCGUUGCAAGUGGGAGAGUCUUUUCUAAAGCACGAAAAGAAAUUUUACUUGUACGCGCUGUACAACAAGAACAAACCGAAUUCGGAUUCGCUGAUGUCCGAGUAUGGUUCUGCAUUCUUUAAGGCAAAACAAAUAGAACUUCGCGACCGAAUGGACUUGGCAAGCUACUUGUUGAAGCCCGUGCAGAGGAUGGGCAAGUAUGCGCUGCUGUUGCAGCAGCUCAUGAAGAUGGCCAAAGGUGACACGGAACACCUCCGGCAGGCCGAGAGCAUGGUCAGGUUCCAGUUGCGGCACGGCACGAUCUGCUGGCCAUGGACUCGCUCCGGGAGUGCGACGUCAACCUGAAGGAGCAGGGCCGACUUUUGCGGCAGAACGAGUUCCUCGUGUGGCAGGGCAAAGGCAAGAAGUGCCUGCGACAGGUGUUCCUGUUCGAGGAGCUCAUACUGUUCAGCAAGGCCAGACGAUUCCCCGAC